AUGCGUGCCUCAGCCUUUGUUGCCGCGGCUUUCGCGCCGGCUGUCCUCGCCGCCACAUCAGCAAAUGUCUCUCUGCCAGCGGUUGUCGAGUUUGACUUGCUUUUCCCGCGAAACGAGACAUACGCGCUGGGCUCGACCUUUCCCUUCAUCUUUGCGAUGCAAAACGCCGAGCUCGUGUCUUAUAUGGGAAGCUCGGGGCCGCUUGUGCUAGUCAGGGUGUCCCGCGAGGACGACUACUCUGCAACCUUGGCUACCUUUCGCCCGCACCUGAAUUACUCCAGAAGCAACGACAACACCAAGAGCGGAAACGAAAACGGUGUGUACUUUGUAUAUGAGGACAUGCGGAGCGCAAUCUUGUCCAACGGCACGUGGGUGAUUGGGUGGGACGUAACGAUGCCGAACUGCUCCCGGGAUUCAAAAGAUUCCAGUGCGAUCAACGGCGGAGUGACGGGCACCACGCAACCGAGAUACACCAUGUUUACCAUUUCAGCCGAUGGGAAACAGCCAGACUUCGAGACGCCUAAAGACCAAGGCGGCGAUUGCUUCCAUUCGCAGGACGAGGGCCGUACGAGCGCUGGCUUCAACAUUACCGACAUUCUUUCCCUCGACGGACAGUAUGGAAAGGCUCGCAACUUUCUCAAGGGAAUGGAAAGUUGCCUCGUGACUGCCAACAGUACUUCGCUGCCAAAGACCAACCCUUGUGCUGCAAAGGUCGACUCGGACUCUGCAUCUAGCAUGUCUGCGGCUUUGUUGGCCACUGCUUGCUCGAAACCUACUCCGCUUGCGAGCUGCCUCCCAAAGAAUGCCGCGCCAAGAGUCCUUCCUACUGCCGGUUUAGUUUCUAGCAUAAUCCUGGCUGGUUUUGCUAUUUUGAUCUGA